AUGGACCUCUUCCAGCGCGCCAAGGCCGUCCGCCUCCGCAGCCAUAACGAGAUGUACCUCCUUGCUGAAGAUGAUGAAGAGCUCUGCCAAAACCGCAACGGCACCACGUGGAAGGCGCAAUGGCAAGUAGAACUUUUGGAUGAAGGUCAGCCGCUUAUUCGCCUCAAGAGCUGCUUUGGCAAAUACCUCUCCGCUUCCAACGAGCCUUUGCUCCACGGCGUCACCCGCCGCAGGUUUUUUCAGGCGGCUCUUGGCCACCGCCUUGAUUCCUCUCUUGAGUGGGAGUCGGUUCGCGAUGGAUUUCAGGUUAAGCUCAAAACUAGGUAUGGUCAUUUUCUCCGUGUGAACGGUGGGCCACCGCCUUGGAGAAAUACUGUGACGCAUGAUAUUCUGCAUCUUCACAUGAUUGAGUUCUCUGGGAGGAUGAUAUUAUGGAGGUGUAAUAGUUUGGAGACUGGAGCUGAGAUGGAGUGA